AUGAUGGAACAAGAGAAAAUGUUGCAUAUCAAAGCUGGUCUGAAACCAUCACUGAAAGAAAAAGUAUUUGAUAAGCAACCACAAUCCAUGUAUGAGCUAAGAAAUAUAGUGAAACCCAUGGAAGACAUUAAAUUAAUGCUUAAUAUUGGAAAUAAAAAUGAAGACCACCUCGAAUCGCCCUCUUAUUCAUCAAUUGUUGAUCAACCAUUGGAAGUUGAUAGUCAUUGUUACGCAUCAUCAUCACAUUACAAUAAUUAUAAUCAACAUCGUCGUCGAAAUAAUUAUCCAUAUUAA